AUGGGGAAGCUUGGUCUUUGUAUCGGGAUCAGUGUUGCAAAACAGAAAGUUUAUGGAAGAUUCCAAAUUUGGAGGUUUGGUUCCAAAGGCCUAAGGACAUUAUUUGUAAACUUUAGUCAGGGCUCUUCGCCUGGAUACGUGGUCUACAAUGCAUCAAACAAUGAGCUUGUGAGGACUCAAACCCUUGUGAAGAGUGCCAUUGUGCAAGUUGAUGCUGCCCCAUUCAAGCAGUGGUACCUCACUCACUAUGGAGUUGACAUCGGUAGGAAGAAAAAGGCUCCUGCUGCAAAGAAGGAAUCUGCUGAGGGACAAGAGGGUGAGGUAACAGCUGAGGAAACAAAGAAGAGCAACAAUGUCAAGAGGAAGCUUGAGGAGCGUUAG